ACAGUUGAGACAUGGCAAAAUAAUCCACGUUUCGGCGUCAAACCCUCUCGGAUACCCCGCACCUUUCCGUCGUUUGUGUCGAGCCGGCGCGACCCGUUGUGAGGAGAUGCAGAACGUGAUCAACUCGGUGAAAGGCACGGCUCUGGGAGUGGCCGAGUUUCUCACCCCGGUGCUGAAGGAAUCAAAAUUCAAAGAGACUGGCGUUAUUACACCAGAAGAGUUUGUAGCUGCUGGUGACCACUUGGUUCAUCAUUGCCCUACGUGGAAAUGGGCAUCAGGAGAAGAGGCCAAGGUGAAGCCAUAUUUACCUCAGGAUAAACAGUUUCUCCUAACACGCAAUGUUCCCUGUUACAAGCGUUGUAAACAGAUGGAGUAUUCAGAUGAGCUGGAGGCCAUCAUAGAAGAGGAUGAUGGAGAUGGAGGCUGGGUGGACACCUACCACAACUCAGGUGUGUUAGGAGUUACAGAUGCUGUGCAAGAAAUCUCAUUGGACAAUAAGGACAACAUGAAUAUGAAUGUCAAUUCUGGAGCCUGUGGCAACACCGACGAUGAUGACGAAGAUGAAGACGGCGAGGCAGCCGACAUGGAAGAGUAUGAGGAAAGCGGCCUAUUGGAAACAGAUGAGGCUACAUUGGACACCAGUAAAAUGCUUGAUUCCUCUAAAUCCAAGGCCGAGGCUGGCAGCGAGGAUGCCAUUCUCCAGACUAGAACAUAUGACUUGUACAUCACGUAUGAUAAAUACUACCAGACCCCUCGACUCUGGCUCUUUGGAUAUGAUGAGGACAGACAGCCGCUGACCGUAGACCAGAUGUAUGAGGACAUAAGCCAGGACCACGUGAAGAAGACGGUCACCAUCGAGAACCACCCCCAUCUUCCCCCUCCAGCCAUGUGCUCCGUCCACCCCUGCAGACAUGCUGAAGUGAUGAAAAAGAUCAUAGAAACGGUGGCGGAGGGCGGAGGAGAACUGGGAGUGCAUAUGUAUCUUUUGAUUUUUUUGAAGUUCGUUCAAGCUGUCAUUCCCACAAUAGAAUAUGACUACACGAGGCACUUCACCAUGUAGCUGUCCUCCUCUUAAAUGCCCUCCUGCAGACAUCUUCAAAUGGAAAGGCAUCUCUGCUCUCGUCUAGAGUGGUCGAUUGAGACGGUCUCGAUCUGGGAAAUGACUCUUGAAUGUAGGUGUUGCUCUGAGACAUUUGACGUGGGGAUAUGACCAUCGGGAAUGCUGAAGUUUUGGAGGGAUGUGACCCAUGCGUCAGUUAAUAUCUCUCUCUUUCUCUCUCUCGCCAAUACUGGCUUUAUUUGGUGACCAAUUGCGCAGUGUUUUUACCCAAACUCUUCACACAUUGUCAGAGGCAUUCACAGUGAUAUCAGCCCCACUUCACAGGAGAAGUCCAGCCCAUUCAGACCAAGUCUUCUGUGGAUUAGUGAAAUCUGGAUGGGCUCGGUUAAGAUUUUAACCAGCUCUUUCCAGCUUGCAAACAUUGCACAUAUGCAGGACACCAGCUGUCAUUUGCAGUUUCCGCUAUGCCUUCGGUGCCAAUGUUACGCAGGUGCUGGCCAGUGUGCCCUGCUCGACUGCAAUAUAAGUAACCUGGAAGCUUCCCGGGGACUCAAAUUUGCCUUUGGUCGGCAUAUUCAAACAUUGGAUUCACGCUCAACUCUGAAAAAUAAUCUAUACAACAGAUUGUAAGGUUCAAGAUCCAGGCUUUGUUUACGUUAGUGACAGGCAAUUCAGUUUUCCCCAUAGCGUUAGCAGCAAACAUCUUUGUUGCUAGUCGCGCCUGAAGAAUUAAACCAAAUGGCGUCAUCAUGAGCCUCUCUGAUAUUAACGGGUUCAUUCCCCAUGCGUCGCGACCGCGUUUUCAUAGAGAUGAUCUUUGCUGGAGUCAUGGUUGGACUUUGAUACUGGAUCAGAAUCUUUUCGCCAGUUUGUCUUAAUAAUCUGUUCUGAAUGUGUCAGUGGCCUUUUAGGCCUUUUUAAUUGGUCCCUGUGGCUGGGUAAUGUGUUUUCUCUGUGUGGGUGUUUUUUUUUGUUUUUUUUUGUUUUUUUUGCGAUGUGUUUUCUUACUGUCGGCUACCUGUGAAAUUGGCGAGAAAUGUCUUUUCGGUUCAGGUAUGUUAAUACUGAUUGUAUCACACAACUCUGAAGGUUGCUUCAAAACUCUGCUCUGCAUCAUUUUGAUGUCACAUAUGGAACUAUCUUCACAGACCACUUCCCAAAAUACCCACAAUAAAUAUCUGGAUAUUUUGUUUGUUUCAAGCUGUGCACACUUGACUAUUCAACUAUAUUUUGCUCAAUAGCCGCAUGUUGCUGACAGUACUCACUAAAUACAUACCUGGUGGAUUAACCUACUACUUCCCUUCUCUGUAACUUUGUCAAACAGCCCUUUCACUCUUUGCUGCCUGUUGAUCCUAUGUCUCCGUGUGUAACUGCUCAGUGCUAGCACUGAUCAUUUUAAAGUAAUGCACAUUUAUCAAUAAAGAUCUACUCAUAUA